GACUACCCCUUCCUGAAAGAACACAACCGACCGCCUGGAGGCAUGGUAGUGGACAACGGGCAUUCAGUGGUCGUGUGCAAGGACUGUUACUCUUCUCUCAAAAACCAAUACAUAGAGUUGGAGAGAUGGGGAGUGCCGGUUGAGAAGAGGCAGUACAACUGGAUACAGCGCCCUCCGCCGCCAGAGUUCCAUCGGGACUCCUCCGCCACUGGCCCCAAGCCCGUCCAGGGGCAGAUCUCGGGUGCACAGCCUCAGUUGGCAGACCCUGGGGUAUCUAGCCCAGGCUCUCAUCCAGGGACUCCCCCUGGUGGCUUGUCCCAGCCGAGAGGGGGGGGCAGCCCCAGGGGCUCCCUUGGCCCUCCUCCGGGCUCUUCUAGUGCGGCAGAUGACGGUGUUGAAAGCCGGGUAACUUCAGGUAAGGUGAGUGAGGAACCAGCCUCGUCAACCAGCAGCACCAUACCAAAGACGUCGACAGUGGUGACAGGGCCUGUAGCAACUACUUCUGAUGCUUCCUGUGAUGGAACUAUCCCCUCCUGUUGUGCCCCCCUUCAGCUCAAAAUCGGUGUCGCCAGGCAGGGGGGCAAACCACCUCACGCCCUCACCCAGCAAAGCUCAGUGGCGGCCAGUGAAGGUGUCAACUCUGGCGAUGCCAGCGCCAUCAGAUCCCCCCCAGUGGACCAGCUCACCCAUUGGAGCCAGAAGCCCAAAAGAAACGGGGCCUGGGAGCGUCUCCCCCCCAUCAAAGCCUCAACCCACCACCAGCUUCUAGAGGAUCAGAAGAGUAGGCAGUCUGUCAUAAGAGGAUUCAGCAGCCCGGGAGUGCCCUCGGAGAGCGACUCCCGACCGCAGCUCUCACCCCACCACCCAAAGCAGCUUCUCUCACCACCACACGAACUUCAGGCAAAAUGUUCAUGAAGACUAGGAAUGCCGAGCCAAGUCUUCCUUCCCUCUACCUCCAUGGGGGUUCAUACCAUAGACCACAACGCUUCUCUAUGAAAAGAAUGUAUGCCUUAAUCUUUUUAUUAUUUUGAUGAUUUUUAUUUAUUUAUUUUUUAUCUAGGUAGAGCCAUGUCUUGGUCUCGUCUUGCUUUAACAUGAGAAGUUAAGGUGUAAUAUAAACAAGAUUAAAAAAUAUAUAUGUAUACCCUAUAUGUGCAGUCUAUAACAUGCUUGUCAUGCCAUUUGCAAAAUACUGUAUUCCAUUUUUUUAUUUGGUAUUUGGUAUGAAUUUAGCCCAUAGGGGAAAUAUUAACAAAUGGACCAAAAUUUUCAUCUGUAUUCUUUUAGUCAGUAAAAUAGUUAAUAUUUUGUUUGUUAUGGUGUGAUGUUGAAUGAUAAAUGUUAAAGAAGCAAAGUAUUGAUAUUGAGGAACUUUAAGAUUAUGAAUACAUAUUUAUAAGAAAAAAAUACAUACCAGUAUAUAUUACCUUUUCUGUAUCUUUUGUCCUCCAUAUGGUUUAAUAGUAACAAUAAGAGGAAGUCUUUUGAAUUUCACACACACGCACACGCAUAUGCACAUACACACCCAAACACACACACACCACACACACACACACACAACACACACACACACACACACACACACACACACACACACACACACACACACACACACACACACACACACACACACACACACACACACACACACACACACUUACUUUUGCAGGAAUUAUAAUCCAGUAGAAAUUGACAAGUCCAUCUCAAGAAAAGCAUGUUGAUUAAUAUUUAGUUCCAAUUAAGUACAUUUUUUAAAAAACUUCCUCUGAUAUAUAAUUUCUUUUUAUUAUAUAUAACAAGAUGUUAACACACACCAUAUACAGGAUACAUUGUACAUAUAUAGUCUGUGAGUUAAUUUGCAAGGCAAGAUUUUUCUUGAACAAGUCUACUUUUUCCUGUGGAAAAAUAUAGAAAUUUGAUAUUACAACUUCUAUUAAAAGUUUAUUAUAUUAUUAAAUAAUGAUUAUAAGAAUCCCUCAUUGGGAGAUAGAUGAAUAGUAAAAAGAAAAGAAAAGGCAAAAAAAAAGAUAAAAGAUAAAAUCAGAGUAUAAAAAAAGAAAAUGCUUGUUGUGGUUAUAGAAGUCACGAUGAUGCAAUUAUGUUUCUUUUUAUUAGAAAAAAAAGGAAAUCAUUUGCAUCAUUAUGAUGGUAUUUCCAGAAUAUUAAUUUCAGAGU